AUGUCAUCUUUUCAACUCAACGAUAUUGUAUUGGUUUUCCAAGGGCCAUUAUUAUAUGACUCAAAAAUUUUGAAGAUAUACUACCCUGAGACGGGUAAGAUGAAGUUUCGUAAUGAGAAGGUUGGUGAGACUUUAGAAACGAAGCCUGAUUCCAAAUUUCCUGAUUUAUACAAGGAUCAGAAAGCCUAUUUUAUUCAUUAUCAGGGUUGGAACAAUAAAUGGAACGAGUGGGUAAUGGAGGAUCGAAUUCUGGAGAGAACCACGGAAAAUCUUCUCUUUCAGAAGAACUUGAAGCUUCAGCUGCGGAGUGGCCAGCAGCAGCAGCAACAACAGCAGCAAGAUCAACAACUUCAACAAGAGCAACAACUCGAGCGACAACAGCAAUCAGCGCAGCAAGACCAUAAUCAAAACGGGCAUCAUAAGCAUGGACAUAGGGGUAAAUUACGGUUAAGAAUACACCAAGAAAAGAGAAACGGUGUGAAGACUACCUUUCUGUCUCGUAAUGGGUCAUCUCACAGCGGAAAGAUUGUCAUUCCUUUAAGAAACAUUCACGGACAUUCUGCGAAAAGGCACGAAAUGAACGUUUCAGUUCCUACAGAGAUUAAACUGUUACUAGUGAAGGACUGGGAAAAUAUCACUCGGAAUGAGAAGCUGGUCUCUCUUCCGUCUAAAUCGUCCGCUAACAAGGUUCUCAAAGAUUUUUCAAAGAAGGUUUGCCGGGAAGAUUUUGCUGAUGAUGUCAAGCUAGACAAUUAUUUGGAGAUCAUUGAGAGUCUUAAGAUGCUUUUCAAUCAAUCCUUAGGAACUCUAUUAUUGUACAGAUAUGAGAGAGAGCAGUACAAGGAGAUGAUCCAGAAGUAUGAUAGAUUGGAGUUUUCUGAAAUAUAUUCACCAAUUUUCCUUCUCAGGUUAUGCUCUAUAUUGCCUAAUCUUAUGGUUCAAAGUCAUAUGGACUUGCAGAGUAUGAAUAUUGUCAAGGAAUUUAUUGAAGAGUUUUACGAAUGGCUUUGUGAUCACAGUAAAAUCUACAUGAUUGAUGAAUACGAGAAUUGUAUGCCAUUAAUCCCGUUCAUGCAGUAA